UUUUUUGGCACCAAAUGUGAUAAGAUUUUUACACCUAUAUUAAAGCCCCCGAGCUCAGUCUAAGGUUUGUGUUGUCACUAAACUGUGAGGCUGACAUUUUGGUGAUUGACGUCUCACUCAAGAUGGCGAUUUGUUUAUUACGGCUAUUUGUCUUAGCCCUGGUGUCUGCUGAAGUUACUGGACACUUUGGUUUACUGUUUGGUAACAAAGUCAGAGGUCAGAACGGUGGUCAAGUCAACGUGGGGGGUGGGGGGAGACUUAACGGGCAGCAAGAAAUUCUCAUUGGGGGUGGGGGUGGUUUUAAAGGAGGUGAGCGUGGUGGUAUCAAAGUUGGGGGCGAGAUCCGUGGUGGCGGUCAAGGUCACGGAAUAGGUCUUGGGUUAGGUCUAGGACAUGGGCAAGGGCAAGAACAAGGUCAUGGUCAAGGUCAAGGGCGUGGAUUAGGUCUAGGUCUAGGUCUUGGACAUGGACGUGGAAAAGUGCAAGGGCAAGGACAAAUACAAGGACAGGGGCAUGGAAUAGGUCUAGGCCUUGGACGAGGACGUGGAAAAGGACAUGGUCUAGGCCUUGGUCUUGGACAUUGGUUCCGAAAUAGGUUCGGCCAUCGUCAAUUACCAGGAAAAGGCGGCAUUGAAAUUGAAGAUUUUGAAAUCUAUUGGUCAAAGCCUAUUCUUGAUUUUUCAUCUUUUGGCAAAGAAAUCCAAUCGGUUCUGAAAGAAAAACGUAAGAUCUACGGAGAUAUUCUACUGGCAAUUGACGCCUCCAGUGGGAUUGAGGAGACAAACUUCCGUAAGGGCUGCAAAUUUGCCGCGGACUUCGCGAAAUACUUUUCCGUUGGCGACACUUCUGCCAGGUUUGGAGCGCUGCUCUUCGGUGACGUGCCUAAAAAAAUCUGCAGUUUGGGCACGUUCAACAACAACAAGGACGUGGCCAGGGAGAUCUACUACGCCCAAAGAAUAAACAAGAGACGUGAGACAAACACUCACCUGGCCCUCGAUCUGAUGAUAGAAAGUAACUUGUUUGACAUCGAGGCUGGAGGUCGCGCUGAUGCCCCGGAUAUUCUCAUUCUGAUUGGUGGGAGCAAAUGCUCGAACAAAGCAAAGACCCUAGCAGCAGCCAACCGCUUAAAGAACCGAGGCGUGCUCAUCAUCACCGUCUCUGUGGGAACUGAGGGCAGCGCGGACCUUCAAGAGAUCUCCAGUAGCACCAGCAGUUUCUUUAGCGCCGUGUCUUUUGACGGUCUGUGGACGAUCAUCGUGAAAAUUAUAGAACGUACGAUCAAAGUUAUCAUAACGCCAGAAGCACCUCCGGCUGAAGCUCAGUGUGCAGCGUUGGUCGAUCUCUUCUUCGUCAUGGACGCCUCCGGCAGCAUAGGAAAAGGCAACUACAAGAAGCAGCUUCAGUUUGUCUCCAACCUGAUCCAGCCCUUCACCAUAGGCAACAAGGGGGCAAAGGUCGGCGCUCUGCUCUUCAGCACCCAGGUCCAGAAGUUGUUUGACCUCAAGACAUACACAACCAAAGACGCCAUUACUAAGGCCAUACUGGCCGCGCCGUACCUUGAAGGCAGCACCAGCACAGACCUGGCACUCAACUACAUUGUCGAGAAGAACGUCUUCGGCGCCGCUUCUGGUGGUCGGGCAAACGCCAAGCGCGUCGUUGUGGUCUUGACUGAUGGAAGAUCCAACAAUGUGUUCAACACGAACAGAGCGGCAGCUUCUGUGAAGAACUCUGGAGUUCAGAUCAUCGCUAUCGGCAUCGCCCAGGCUUUCCUGCAGGAACUGAGGGCCAUCGCCUCCAGCAAUUCCGAUAUCUUCAAGGCCGCUGACUUUGACGCUCUUAGCAGCAUCAGGCGAACUUUGUCCACGCAUAUUUGUGAAACUGUCAAUGAAGUCACUGAUGUUGGUGCUAACAAUGUUGAAGCUCCAAAUGUGGCAGUUGAACCUCCAAGGAUACCACUUCCUGAUGUGCCUGCUGCUUUACCACCCCCUGUGAACCCCUGCCCCAUCAAGGUGGACAUCAUCUUCUGCUUGGAUUCCUCUGGCAGUAUCGGCCCCGUCAACUACCAACUUCAGCUCAAGUUUGCUGCAGAAAUCGCCAGUAACUUCCCCUUGGGCAAUGACCUCGCCGCUAUUGGCAGCGUUAUUUUUAGCAACACAGCGGAAAAAGUGUUUGACCUAAAAGACUACACAAAACAAAGUGAAGUCACAGAGGCCAUUCUACUGACUCGAUACAUCAACUCCACCACCAACACCCACCUGGCCUUUAACCUCAUCUCCGAGCACGCCAUGUUUGAGACCGAGGCUGGAGGCAGGGACGAUGCGGCCAAAAUUAUUUUAUUUAUGACUGAUGGACAAUCUGGCCAACCUAAGUUGACUGUUGAGUCAGCUGAGCGACUGAAGGAGCAGGGUGUCAACAUCUUCUCCAUUGGGGUCGGCAAGUACGUCCUGGAGGAACUGAACAGUGUGGCCAGCGACGCCAAGAACGUCUUCACGGUCACCGGGUUCAACGCCCUGGACAACAUCAAGAAGGCGAUAUCGGUCAGGGCAUGUGAUGUGUCUAAGGCCGCGCAAGAAACAGACCAAUACGAAUACGAUGAACAAUAACCAGAAAGUUCACGUUAACCACCUUCUAAUUUAUGGUUUAAUUAAAAAUGGUUUUAUUCUUAUUUAAAAUAUUUGUUAUCAUUACUAAAUGUAUAGGUUAUCAAAUUUGCAUACUUUUACUCCUCAAUAUAUUUAAUUAUGACUUACUUUAUCAGGCCUUGGGUGUGUUAUACUAACGAGGAAUCAAACUUUAAUUUAUAUGUUCAUUACUUAUUGUUAGGGUUAUAUUUUUAAACUUGGUAUUUUAUCACAAUUAUAUCAUUGAGGUGACUGUUUUUAAUGAAAAAUAAAAUUGAUAAACGCAAA